ACACUGCGUUAAUCUCUGACAGCAAAGAAGGAUCACAGCAUUACGAAGAAAGCCGACACGCUCAUGCGAUCACCAAACCGACAUGUCCAAGAGAGCGAGGCACAUAUUGGGUGAUGAUCGGACAUCUGGGUGCUCAAGCAAGCCAGUUUCUCUCAGUUCUUUUGUGACGCUUCAUCCAGGUCUUUUAAUCCCACUGAUAGCAGCCGCAGCUGAGGAUACGCAGAUGGUCAGACCGAUUGGGAAAGUGACACAUAUGUUCUGGCUUGCAGACUCUGUGUGUGUGUGUGUGUAUGUGUGUGUGUGUGUGUGUGUGUGUGUGUGUGUGUGUGUGAGAGAGAGAGAGAGGGAGAGAGAGAGAGAGAGAGAGAGCUGUAGGUGUCAGCACUCCUCUCCUGCAUAUACUUCCCUCCUUCCACUCUAAGGAACUAAGAAUGAUAUCUUUGUUCCUUCUACAGGCAUUUAAAACAAGACAUCAUGAAGGCAUCUAUUCACAGUGUUGCGGCAAGUAUACGCAUGUGGCUUGGCUCAACAAGUGUUACUGUGACACUUGGGACGUUAGAAGCAACUGACCUGUGCACUCCUGGAACUUUAUUCCCUCGUAUCGUUGGCCCCAAGGUGCUUUCUGCUCCUGCAUCCUCACACAAGCUUGUAAAGAGGGUGACAACUAUACGUAGGAAAAGCCUUCUCAGGAGCAUGAGCUCUGAAUCCUUCGAGACAAUCAGGUCAGUUCCUGCUGAUCAGCCGCACACUGAUCUUGGAUUCAGUGAAGUGUUCGAUGAUACUGCGCCACUUCUGCGCUUGGAGUGUGAGUUAUCACCAGGGGACUCCGACGUGGACAUGGCCAUCACAAUCACAAUGCAGCCUUUGGAGAUUGUGUAUAGUCCUGUGUUCUUCAAGCAGGCAGCGGCGUUUUUCAGGAAGCCAACAUCUCUGCCAACUCAUCAGGAUAUGAUCAUCUCUGCUCUCAACGGACUUGGAACGUUGCAUGCACAAACUCUUCACAAGGCGGAAUAUGUCUCUGCCACACGUAAGCGAAUGCUUUUAAGAGCUGAUAUUCAGACUCUGCUUGUUGUCAUCCCAGAGAACAUUACUGCCAGUGAUGGGAUGUUGCUGAUUGUGGACCUUGGCUUGCUCCAUGUUGGAACUGCCAUCGAGCAAAAUUCCAAAAAGCAGCUGGUGGAGGAUGCCGUACACAACAUGGAGCUUGGUGAAUCUGAAGGAGCAGGAAAAGGCUCAAACAGUCAGAUGGGCGCUGGUGUGUUUGGCCUGCAAUCCAGUGCAGAGUCUAGAGGCAAAGAGCAGUUCAUCAAUGAAAGCCAUGCUCCUGAAUCACUCUAUGAGGCACUGUCAUCCUGGACACCACCGGCGGAUGUUCUGCAUCUCAUGCCGUUUCUUGCUUCUCCGUGCAAGCACCGAGGACUUGCUUUGUGUUCCUCAAGACCGGCGACUUUGCCCAUGGUUACUUGGGAAAAGGAUGAGGACCUGGACACCUGGGUGAGAACUGCGCCCGCAUAUGCGAGGCACAAGUUCACCAGGCCAGAGCAAAAAGUUAUAGUGGUUGCCUCCUUUUUAGAGGGGUCAGCAGCCCGCUGGUUGAAUGGCCUAGUGCAGCAGCAGGGCUACGGUCAGAACUUCGAUGCUUGGGCCCAGGCCCAGACAUUGGAAGACUUUGUACGAUCCGUGUAUAAUAGGUGGCAUGACCCUCAAGGGGCUCAAAAGGCCACAGACGCGAUCAACAAUCUUUGUGCCAGAAGGUACAAGAUUGUUCACGAAAUCAUAGAUACCGUAGAACGUCUGCUCGUGGUACCUGGUGUGCGCUAUGACCAGCAGGUACUCCUUACGGAUUACCUGAGAUGUCUGCCUUCAGAGGUAAGGACUAAGCUGGUAGAUGAGGCCUACGUCGAUCAACACAACUUUGCUUCUUUCAGCAAGAAGGCUUUAGAUAUAGAGGCAAAGCUUGGGUCCCCGCAUCAGUGUCCAACAGAUGGCAGGAGGAAGAAGCUUCCCCAAGACUGGAAGAAGAAGAGUCAGUUGAUGUUCGUUGACCAUGAUGGUCAGACGACGGAAAUUGACGAGUUCCCAGAUCUAGGAGAUAAGACAGAGCUUGAUGGGGCCAGUGAGACUUCGGAUGGGGGAGUCGUGUCACCUAUCAAAGAAAAGGCUAGGGGGACCGGGAAGAAGAAGGUUGGCCGGUCUAUGGGUCGGGGCGACCAAAGGAACACCCGCAUGGGCAAAACUUGGUUUGGGAAAAGACACAUCUUCGUUAUGGUAGACCGUUUUUCCAAGUAUGCUAGACUUAUCGCUAUGCCUGAGAUUGCUAAAAUUGACUACAUCAUCAGACUAUUUAUGGAUAACUGGGAAUGCUCUGCCACUGACGAUAGCAACAGCUUUGCUUUUUCCUUAGAUGAUUGUGAAAGUGGAAGUGGAGUGAAGAGCACUGAAGCUCGGACUCGGGAUAAUCUUGGCGAGCUGCACGGUCUGGCAAGUGCUGCUCUCUACAACCAUUACACUGUCCGAAUGACGGACUCCCAGAUCCUUGUAGCAUGUCAUUCAUCAAAUUGGCGAACAUGCCUGAAGAACAGAUUAUUGGACCCAUACGUGCAUCUCGUGGAGCGAUUUGACCUUCACCUACAAAUAGCAAGUUGUGCAUUACAAAGCGACCCAACAUUAACUCGUCUCAAGGUUACAGGGCACUUGCCUGUUCUGCACUUUUAUCUCUCAGUUGCCAAGUUUCAAGCGAUCAGAGCCAUCCUUAAAAAGUUGGCCUCUGCAGAUCGGGGUGCAAGACAAAGGAGCCCGCAAUAUUCUCCCCAGGCUGGCAUCACUGAUUCUGAGUCACAAGGAAUAUCCGGAGCAGAAGAGAGAGCUCAUGAUGGAAGGAAACAGCGCAGCAGUCAGACUUACGCAGAGUUGUUUGAGGCACUUCAUGCAGGCUGGGACAAAAAGAGGAAGGGAUUGGAAAUGCAACCAUCACUUGCCCUCACUGGCAAAGGGUCUUCAGGUGGAGUGCGAGUCGGUGGAGGGGAAGGAUCGGCAUCCCGUGAACCACGAGUAGAAAUGAGUGAUUCUGAGGAUAUUGUCAAGCGUGCGCCACUUGUGGACUUGAGUCUCAAAGUAGGAGUAACAGAAUUGGAGAUUGGACUGGACGGCAUGCCGUCAGAUAUUGCAAGUGGUGUUCAGGAGAGAGUAGUAAACAGCAAGUUUGUGUUUCGGAUCAAGGACGGAUGGCUAUGGUACAUUCUGCAUGUAAAGCAUGAAGAUCUGCGUGCAACUAUCGGCAUCAUGGAGGUGAUGGAAAGCGGACAGAUGGAUGAUAUUGGCCAAGGUUUUUCUGUAGCAAUGGGGUGCAUACCAAACCUGGUGAGCGGGGCCAGGUCAGCGGCUGUUUCCACAGAGCAGGCCAGUCAACUGUCUCCGAGCGGGACUUUUCCAUUGACUCGAAGGUGCUCUCCUCAGGAAAAUGUUUAUGCAACAGUUUCUAGGGAACAGGAACAUGUUAUGAGUAAUAUGGCUGCUGGUGUUGAGAUCGGGUCUAACAUUCAGAACCGGACCACGGAUGUUCUUUGUUUACACUAUCAUGCUCAGCAUAGCUCUCACAACCGCAUGUCUGGUAAUAUUUCUCUUCAGGCAUCCUUGUGUGGCCUGGAACUGAACCUGAAUCAGAGUGUGGUUGUCUUUGCACUUGCAUUUUCACUUUCUGUUCAGGUGCUCAUCUCAGGGGGCAGGCUUUCAGACAGUGGGAAUGAGAGGGCCUCCGGGGAUGUGAUAGGAUCUGAAAGCGACAAGGGAGAUGCUGGGGAGGGAAGUAAGAUUAGCUCUGCUGGUGUGAAAGGCAUGACAGGAGCUGAAAAUGAGGAGGGGUCCCUUUCCUCUGGAGCUUCUAUCAACGAAUUACUCGUUGGAGAAGAUAAUCUGCCAGGGAAUGAAAUUUGUGCUUCAGCAUUGAGUUCGCCUGGGGAUCUCAUGCCCCCAGUCCAGAACUUACCUAGAGCGAAUGUAUCACUGUACCAGCAGUGUAAAACGAAUGUGGUCAUUCAAGCAUCUGCAAAAGAUGCGGCCGAGAUUGAAGAUGGGGCAUGCUUGGAAACCCCAGUUAGUGACGGCAAUGCAAAUGGCUUAGGAGGUUUGAUAACUCAGCGGGCAAAAUUGCGAAAGUGUGGGGACAACGGGAUUACUGGAUCACCAGGCACAUCAUCUGUAGCCAAUGAAGACGUGUGUGGGAAGGGUGAACGGCCUGGUUGUUCAUAUUCAGUCCAUAUUCAGGUUGACGUAAGUAAGUUAGCAGUGAACUUAAAGGAUAAGGAGGGGAAAAUGUUAUGCUUGCGGCUAGACAAGGGCAUAUCUAAGGCAUCUGGCUUCAGCAAUAUGGGCGAAACCCAGCUGAGAGCUGAUGGCGUUGUUCAUUGCCUGCAAUUGGUACGAUAUGUGGGCUCAUCGCCAGAAGAUUGCAUUGGAGCAAACAGUGAAAAGAGUAAACCUGUGAUCCGUUGGCAGGCAUCUAAGACCAUCCGACGCAGCACUGCACAUAGGGCUGGAGAAGAAGAAAAACCUGCUACGUUGGAGAUCAACCUAGAGAAUUUGAGAUUUGUCGUCCACAGCAGGCUCAUCAGGAGGGUAAUGCAGUUUUGUGAAACUGUGUCAGCAGGCAUUCUGAGAACAGGUUACAGAAAACAAUCAAGUGGUAGCAGCAGUCAAGGACUUCAGGAGGAACCCAGGAUCAGCAAUGGUUCCUGCAUCAGAUUCAAUUUGCUGAAUUCAUGUUUGGUAUGUCCCACAGACGUGCAAUCGAAGGAGCAGAGCUACCUGGAAGCCAGUGUGCGGGAACUGGGGAUUUCAUAUCGCCGUAAGACCAGAUCGGACGAAUGGGAAUCCAGUGGUCCACGAUCUGAAUCACUCAAGAGAGAGUCUCGAUCUUGGAGGAAUUUCCAACACAGAAACCAUCCCGGGAUGCAGUUGCCAAUUGAAGGUAUUACGAAAGCGUGCGGCGGAGUAUGGAGUAUCCUUGGCAUCAACUGUGCUGGUUUAUGGUUCACCAUGAGGGAGUCCUCAAAGGGAGACGAGGAGGCAUGGAGUACAGGAGGAAGUCGAUCAAGGGGGAGAAGAGAUGAUAUCUUGGGUGAAAUAGCUGUUGUUGAGGCGUUCACUGUUCAUGUGGCACACCUUCGACGUGCCAUGGUGCCAAUGAAUCAGAGUGGCGUGUCAGCUACUGGUCUACGAGAGAGAUUAGUGCUUGCUGAUGCGAGCACACGAAGAAUCGGGCUGUUAAUUGAGGAGAAAGGAGUCAGAGUCCUCACUUCGGUGUGGGAAAACAAUUUGGCUCGUCUUGGAUCUGAUUCUUCAGCAUGUCAGUUGGAGAGUUCAUGUGAGGAGUGGAGAAUGGCUGCUGAUCCGUGUCCAUCUUCUGACAUGAACAGAGCUGCCAGUGGGUGUUAUGCAACUUCUUCUAUCGAGAUGGCAGUUGAUGUGGGUGCAAUGGAUAUUGUUCUCGGAAAACGGACCAAUGGUGGAAGCAAUCAAGUGUCAUCAGUGGCGGCAUUCGAGGUGCACUCCAUUACUGCUGAUGUUUGGCACAAUGAUCGGCAGGGACCGGGGCUUGCUUUGAGGUGGAAAUCGGCCGAUUUGCUGGAUUUUAUUAGCCCGUGUGCACACUAUGACAACACUGUUCACUCCAGUGAAUACUCUAGCGAGCAAGCGCAAGGAAGCCCUGCGCGCACAGGAAAUGCAUGGUCAGACACACCCCAGUCGAUGGCAGGACUUGAAGGAGGCUCACAGAGUUUGGAUAGCAGAGAUUCUGCUGCCGAUGAAGAUCCUGGCUGCUACACACCUGAUGAUAGAAAGCUGGAGGAGCAAUCCGACGAGGAAGAAAACAUUGCGAUAAUGAUGUUCCACUGUGGAGCAAGUGAUAGCCAAAGCUUUGAUAAGGAGGAUUGGCCUGGAAUUCGGUUGGAUGGAGGAAGCCUGGAGAAUGGGUUUGUGAGCUUGAGUGCGAAAAUUCCUGGCACAGUGGUGAUCAUGCGCAUGAAGGCCUGGGUUCACCUGCUGAAUGUGCUCGUCUCAACAUUUAGUAGGGGUGGCAAGGAACAGACAGAUACUGUGAGCCGUGAUGUGGAGUUGGGUUUGACCUCGUUCGAGGAAACAAACAGUCCACAUUCGCUGAGGAAAGCGGAAAGCCAUGGAAGUUUCAUGGGACACUUUCUGCCAUGGGCAAGCUCCUCAGCAUCACUUUCAGAAGCACAAUCACAAGGGAAAACAGAGCUACCAGAGGAUGGGGAGGAGGUGGAUGGCGAGAUGGAGAGUAGAGGCGGCGAAACAGAAAGAGAGAUUCCCUCGAGGAGCACAGGGGUAGGCAACUGCGGCAUAUGGCCAGGAAAGGGUAUAAUCCUCCAAGUUAUGGCGAAUGCAGUAGAGUUUCGAAUACCAGACAUAAGAAAUACACGACUCAAAAGUAAUGGACUCAGGCGAGGGAAGUCUGAGAAUCUAAUGAAAUCGAGAGGUGCUGAGGUGGAUGGCUAUGCCAGCGAUUUGGAAAGCGAUGAUAAUGAAUACCUCGAUGAUGAGAUGGAGGACCAGCAUGACAUUGGAAGAUGGUGGUGGAAUCGGCAGUAUGGCUGGGAAAAGUCUGGAGGAGAGGCGGAGGGGCAGUGGCCUGCUGAAGAUGUGUUUUCUGAGAAGCCUUGGGACACUAUGAAACAGAAAAGGGAAAUUGUUUUAGUCGUUAAUGCGGAGGUAUUGUUCAAGCUCAAAGCCGAGUGUGAAUCAACUGUCUCCGUCAACCUCUCCAGAUUAGAAAUCGUGACAGAGCAGCAGCAAGUGAUGGAUGAUUCGUGGGGUGUGCCACGGAAGAGUCCUCACAACACAUCACGGAUGGUGCUGGCUCGCGCUGGGGAAAUUCGGGCAAACGGAAAACUCGAAGCUAUUUCGAAGAGGCUGUUGAGAGAGAACAUGGAAAUGGUAGACAUUCACGGAGGAUUGCAGGUUGAGAUAUUUGACUUCAGUGUGUUCUGCUCCUAUCAGACCCUGAAGGCCUUCAGAGAGUUCAGAUUUGAAGACAUUUCAACUGAUUCCAAACUUGUCGUUGCCUGCCGAGGUCAGCUGGCAGUGGAUGCCGGACACAUCUUGCUCCUCGUGUCUGAUGGACAGUGGCAGAAUGAUGCUCCCAUUCUGGAGUUGUUUAACGAGGGGUUAAAGUUGCAAUUGCUAGUGAAUGAUAAGGAGAUAAGAGCAAGUUUGAAGACGAAGUUCGGUGGAGACUACCAUAAUAUUGACAAGAUUGCAUGGGAACCUUUUCUGGAGCAUUGGGUGGUCCAGGGCGAAUUCAUUCAGCUAUGGGAGAGGGAUGGCAUUGCACUAAGCCCUCCGACAAUGGCAAUCUCAAUCCGGUCUUCCCACGAGCUGAACAUCAAUGUAACAGAAUCAUUUGUGGAGACAAAAGAAGAGUUGGCAGCGAUGAACAAGACCUUGCAGAAAGUUGAAGCUCAUCCGUAUGAAUUCGAAGGAGUCUGGAAUACCUUUCUGCAGAGAUCUGUAGCAGAAGUUGACCACCAUCUACAAGCAUACAUUGUAAAAUUAGAUGAGCAGAUCAGUAAAACUUUAACACCCGCCGUGAUUGAGAAAUUGGUAAGUAGCGGCGGAGGAGAAGGUGAUGGAGACGGAGAUAGGAAGAAGAAGGGUCUGCUGCAAGAAGAUGCAAGGGAAGGCAGAAAGAUGAAGGUAAAGGUGUCGUGGACUAACACCGACAAAAAGGAAGAAAGUGUUUUGCAUUGGAUUGAUGCGGUUGAGUCCUACGUGUACGGGCAGCGUAUACCAUAUUGGGACAAAGUUUUCAUGGCCAGUUCGUGUAUGGCCGGAGAUGCAACGAGUUUUGCAAUCUCCCUGCAGAAAGAAGCUAAUUGUCAGUCGAUGGUAGAGUAUUCCCAAUACACCCUUAUUGAAGAUUUCUUUAACGCGGUCCGAGAACGAUUUGAAGAUAAAAACUUAGCCCGGAGAACUGAAAUGUUAAUCUUAAAUAUGGCGGAUAGGAAAUGGAAAAGUGUAUCCACACUUAAAUCUACCAUGGAUGAACUUCUGCAAUGCGUUGAACAUGGACUCACCACGACGCAAAUUCUUAACAACGUUGCUAGAGCACUACCCGAUCGUCUCCGCACUCGACUAUAUCCCCGUACCAAGGAAGAGGGGAUGACUUAUGAGAAGUUUAGCAAGAUUGCAUUAGAUCAUGCCGGUUUUUUGGCGGAGGCGAACUACUGCCAUUAUUGGAAAGAUCUGCAAGCCGGCAAGAAAUGGCAAAACCGUACCAUCUCAGGAAGUAUUCCUAGGAAAGACAACCUUCUUUUGACCUUUGAAGAAGGAGGUGUUGAAACUCUCUUUUAUGAUCAGAUAGACUAUGGUCUGGAAGGAGAUGCACACAACGGAUCGGUAGUUCAGGAGGGGGACUACGCGGCCGUUGCAGCCCGUGGGGAAGGGCGACAAGGAAGAGGCCAUGGCAGAGGAAGAGGAGGCCGUGGUCGUGGAGGAAGAGGACCCGACACCAGAGGGGUGGUGGCGAAGGAAGCCACUACGUGGGAGGAAGGGGCAAUGGUCCCUCGCAAAGUUUCCGAGGACCCAACUCCACAUGGGGAAGAGGAAGAGGCAUGUGGAAUGGGAACUGGGAUCGUCCGUAUCCACCCCAUCCUGGCUUGCCAAAAGGCAAACCUUGGGAAAAGCUAGGGGAUAGAAAAGUCGUCAAUCAGUGCCUCAAAUGUGGUGACCCCAACCACAUUGUUCCCUUCCGACCUGAUCAUUAACAACCAAAAGGGAACAACCAGUAGGGGUUUCAGUUGCCUCUACAGGAACUUCAGAUGCAAGCAGACUGACAUCCUCCCAUUCGAAGGUUCCCGUGGCAGAAACUAAAAAGAUAAAUGAUCCCCACUUAG